UUUCAUUAGCGACGGAUGGACUGUAUACAGCGCCCUGCGGACGCAAUCCGCUUUCCUUUUUCUGCCAGGGGUCAUAACCUACGAACAAAACAGCAAAAGAAAAUGAGCGAACGGCUGCUAUCAACAGCCUCAUCACCGAUGGCCUGCUUCAGCACUUGCCGCCUCCUCCCAUCAGCGCGAGCCUCCGUCGUUCGCCUUCCAUCAGCGAGAGCCUCCGUCGCUCGCCUGCCGUCAUCAUCUUUCCUUCGAUCGUCGCUUCCUUCUCCCGUGCUCCUCCACCGGAAUGCCUGGAGAAUGACAUCAAUUGAGGUGGCCCGCGCGUCCAGUGGUGCCGCCUCCGCCACUUGCUUUGCAUCCGAUUUGGAGCAGCUGAAAAGCGCGAGGGAAGAUAUCAAAGAGCUUCUCAAGACGACUUUCUGCCAUCCCAUUCUGGUUCGUCUAGGAUGGCAUGAUGCUGGUACCUAUGACAAGAACAUUGAGGAAUGGCCACAAAGGGGUGGAGCCAAUGGCAGUCUAAGAUUUGAAAUAGAGCUGAAGCAUGCUGCCAAUGCUGGUCUUGUGAAUGCGUUAAAACUUCUUCAACCUAUUAAGGACAAAUAUUCGAACGUGACGUACGCGGACUUGUUCCAGUUGGCAAGUGCUACAGCUGUGGAGGAUGCUGGAGGCCCCAAACUUCCUAUGAAAUACGGAAGAGUGGAUGUCUCUGGACCUGAACAGUGCCCUGUUGAGGGAAAGCUUCCUGAUGCUGGUCCCCCUUCACCUGCUACACAUCUUCGUGAUGUCUUCUACAGGAUGGGCCUUAAUGACAAGGAGAUAGUUGCAUUAUCUGGUGCACAUACACUGGGAAGGUCUAGACCAGAACGUAGUGGUUGGGGCAAGCCAGAGACAAAGUAUACUAAAGACGGACCUGGGGCACCAGGAGGACAGUCAUGGACCGUGCAAUGGUUGAAGUUCGACAAUUCUUAUUUCAAAGAUAUCAAAGAGAGGAGGGAUGAGGAUCUGCUGGUUUUGCCGUCUGAUGCUGUUCUAUUUGAGGAUCCAUCUUUCAAGGUUUAUGCUGAGAAAUACACAGAAGAUCAGGAUGCAUUUUUUGCAGACUAUGCUGAAGCUCAUGCCAAAUUAAGCAACUUGGGUGCCAAGUUUGAUCCUCCCGAGGGUCUCUCAAUAGACAAUGCCAUGCCAGAGAAGUUUGUGGCAUCGAAGUACUCAUCUGGAGAAACCAAGAGAGAGCUGUCGGAUGCCAUGAAGCAGAAGAUGCGGGCAGAGUACGAAGCGAUCGGCGGCAGCCCAGAUAAGCCUCUCAAGUCCAAUUACUUCCUCAAUAUCAUGAUUGCGAUUGCUGUUUUGGCACUUUUGACAUCUAUACUAGGGAACUAAUGCUUUUGUGUGGUGGUUUGUGUUCCCUUUGAUUAAUCUAUGAGGCUCGAUUACCUUUCUGAGUCCUUGAUUUUAGUGUUUGUUUGUUGUACGAAGCCAGGUCUUCUCAAUUAAAUCAAUGAGAAGGGGUACAUUUUGAAUCUGCUGUUCUGAUGCAGAACGGUAAGCUUUGGUUUUAAGGCCUGUUUGGAUAUGAGGAAUCCAUAUGAAAAUAAUACGUUUUCCCUUGAUUUGACA